CGGCGCUAUGUGUUGGCCGUCAAACGGCUUGAAAGCUGGCCGUAUGAUUGCAUGUAUUGUAUAGACAGAACGCAAGAAAACAGUAUCUAUAUGUAGCGAUCUCAUCAGGAUGUGAAUAUGGCUCAUUCUUUCCUGCCCUGCAACUUUUCACUUUCUUGCUUAAUCUGUUCUGUGGGUCUCUAUUAUAAAUAUUAUAAGUGAAAAGCUUUUGGCAAGUUUGUACUCGUGAAUGGGAGAGAAAGUUUUAUUUCUUCCACAUGUGUCUAUUAAAUCAUAGAUAUUUUCUGAAUAAGAGUCAAGUAGAUCCAAUUAAAGUAAAUACAAUAAUUUGCAGUUACCUAAGCACGCGAAAACAACUUAUUCUAUGUGGUGUGGGGCGAAUUCAGUAGACGCGUAAAAACUAAAUGAUGUAAAAUUGAAUCAAACUGCAAAGUUCUAGGCAAAUAACAAAACUCUGGAUUAGAUUUUAGAAUCUUUGACUUUGAGCGAAUUCCAAUCUCCUAGUUUCAGAGAGAGUAUAGCCGUGUCUCCCAGAAUUCGCUUUUUCUUCGACAUACAAACUUGGCAUACACUUUUACAGAUAAAAACUAAUCCGUAACUCGUUUCUAUCGAGUAAAUUUAUGUGUUAAAGUUCUAAAAGGUUUUUAAUAAUAGAGCAGAUAUGAGGCGGGCGUAAUCGAAAAAUCGAAGUAACUUUUGACAUUCAUGUAUGUCAUCAAUAUUUCUUUUUAAUAUUCUGUUUAUGCCACAUAUAAAAACAAAACAAAAUAAGCUGUCUGAAGACUACUUGAGUUACUUAUCGGACUUAAAAACACUUAAGUUUGAUUUCCUUACAGCUUUAUUUUGUAAAUAUUACACAACAAAGGGAAAACCAUUUUCCACUUGCAUCACUCUGGUACAUUACACUUUAGUCAGAAACCAUUCCAAGCAACGACUACCGUCACUAAAGAUAUCGCCGAUAAACCAAAUUUAGAAGCAUAUGAAUUGUUAUGGUUGGAUGCUCAUGUCUAUUCAACACAAGAUAAUUUGGAGACACUUGAUGAACUCAAGCAAGUCAUCAAUUAG